CGUCUUUGAAGGAUCUCGCAUCUGAAGCAUCCCACAGCUGCAGUCCGAGAUCCAUUGCUGCAAAAUCCAAGACAGACGCAGAUGCUCCAUUGAUACCUUUCAAGGAGAUCUGACGAACGUCGCUUUACUUGACCAUUUGGGAGAACACCAGUCUUGAUCAUUCACCGUUGCCCGUCAUGGAGAAGUUCUCCCAGUUCCGCGACAGAGGCUCCGGCAUAUCCCCCUUUCUCCCAGUUACCACGCCGUCCUCGCUCCUCGGAACCCUCUUCCAUGCCGUCGUCUUCGUCCUCCGCCUCCCUUUCUUCCUAACCUUCGCAGCCGCCUACUUCCUCCUCCUACAGCACCUCUCCUUUCUCCCUCUCGUCGCGCGCAAACUCUUUCUCUGGUUCCUCCUCACAAUCCCGCUGGUGUGGUGGGUAGACCUGCAGCUGGACGGCGUCAAGCGCGGCGCCCUGAGCCAGCAGCCGCGGUCCCGCGUCCCGCACCCGCGCUCCAUCAUCGCCGCCAACUUCACGUCCCCCCUCGACGCACUCUACCUGGCAGCCGUCUUCGACCCCAUCUUCGUCGCCUCCCACCCGUCCUCGCGCAAAGUCCGACGCAUCAGCCUCUGGUCCGCCAUCUGCGCCGCCCUGUCCCCCUCGGCCCAGCUCCUCGACCUCGCCGAGUGGGAAGCCCAAAAUGGCAGCGACUUGACCGACCUGCGCGCGCUCGUCGCCCGCCACCCGAACCGGGUCAUCGCCGUCUUCGCUGAGUGCGGCACGACCAACGGCAAGGGCAUCCUCCCGCUCAGCCCGUGCCUGUUGACCGCGCCGGCCGAGAGCGCCAUCUUCCCCGUGAGCAUGCGCUACACGCCGCCGGACGUGACGACGCCUGUGCCCGCGCACGGGUGGUUCUUUGUCAGCGGGUGGGCCGGGUUCCUGUGGAAGCUGCUCGGCCGGCCUACGCACUGCAUUCGGGUGCGCAUCGCCGAGGGCGUGUACAACACCACGGUGGCGGCGAACGGGAUCUCGGAGGCGCACCAGGAGCUGGGUCAGAGAGGAGAGGGGCGCGGGGAGGACGAGCCCACGCCCGAGGAGCAGCGGCUGCUGGAUCAGAUCGGAGAGGCGUUGGCGAGGUUGGGCCGGGUGAAGAGAGUGGGGCUCACGCUGCGGGACAAGAAGGCUUUUGUGGCGGCAUGGACGAAGAGGAGGUGAAUGGCAUAGGCUGAUACAAAGCAAGGCGGAGACAUGAAGAUAGAGAUUAGUAUCUAUAGGCGCGAGCUGUUAGAGCGAGGAAGUCUACGGUAGCCUUGUCAAGGUGCAGGGAUCGAUCGUAUGGUAGGGACGUUAAAAAAAUAAGCAUACAUAAGCUAUGCAAUCAACCAAAGGCAAUAUCAAACCUAGAUUGCCAG